UUAGUUAUCCGGUAGUCGCCCAUUCAUUAUCACGCGUACAUAAUCUCAACCGAGCUCGGUCGGGUUCGACAGUUCAUCACAAGUGGCUGACGCUAGAACAUUGUGAUUCGGAUUCAUACUAAAUAUACGGCUGGAUAGUGAAAUGUGCCAAACUCGCCAAUGACUACCGUACUAGUAAUUGCAGUGACUGUGGUGGGUGUCACGUUUUGUGACCCCGCUGUGGCGCAAGGGUCAUUCGAGACGGAUGGUUUUCCGAAUUUGAUUGAUAGCAUUCCGGGCGCAUUUUUGGACAACUUUUCACAACUGAUUGAUGGUGGUUCCGGUAAUCUAUCGCAAUGUGAACUGCAGUUGCUCACUUUGCAGCAAAGCAUCGUACAAGGGCCGCAGUUCUGGGCUUUGCAGAUGCUAGAUGCAUGGUCCAAACUACCGGCCGGAAUUUUCCUGGGUAAUACAAUGGAUUUCGGUAACUACGACGAAUGCCGCAAAGUGGAUCAUGCAACGGGAAACGAAACAGUCGGCCGAAUCACCGGUCGAUACUGCCAGAUGACGAUCCCGCUGAAUUUGAGCGCUCUCCAGACUGGUCGACAAUUUCCUUCGAAUAGUGGUAACAACGGCUUUGCGCUUCAAUUGGGAACCUGCUUCCCAGCUACGUGCGAAGCCAGUCAACUGAACUCUAUAUUCAACGGCUCUCUCCCGGGAUUGGCGAGUCUACCGAAGAUAAGCUUCACGUGUGAAGCUUCCGUACCGAAUGUGGGAGCUAAAGAGGUAGUGGCAAUCGUUAUCUUCGGCAUAGUGGCCGCUCUGCUACUGUUCAGCACCGCAUACGAAGUGGUCAUGUUGCUCAGCUCACGACGACCGCACCCAAACUGGGCCAUGUUCUCGAUCUACUCGAACGGAGUCAAGCUGUUCAGAAUAACUGAACAACAGUCCAACGGUCAGGCCAAAUCUAAUCAAAUCGAUUGUCUGAAUGGAAUCCGGGUCAUCUCCAUGGUUUGGAUUGUGUUCUGCCACAACUAUAUGAUGACAAUGUUAAGUCCAUUGGUUAACAAAACGGAUAUAUUCAAUUGGAUCAAAUCAUAUCACAGCAUGCUCGUAGUGGGUGGAGCAGUUUCGGUGGAUUCAUUUUUCCUACUCAGUGGAUUGCUCGUCUGUUGGAGUCUUCUCAAAGAGCUGGACAAAAGCCGGAAGCUUAACCUCCCAGUGAUGUAUUUACACCGAUAUCUGCGUUUGACUCCAGCGCUGGCAGCGCUCAUACUGCUUUCUUCCACCUUGCUAAAGUAUGGUGGUUCUGGUCCCAUGUGGAAAACUACGGUAGUAAUUAUGGAGGACGCUUGCCAUAAGUACUGGUGGUCUGCUUUACUCUAUCUUCAAAACUACGUAAAUCCAACAGAGAUCUGCAUGGGUCACUCUUGGUAUCUAUCCGUGGAUAUGCAGCUUUUUGUUCUGUCACCGCUGCUAAUCUAUCCCCUCUGGAGGUGGGGUCGAAAAAUACUCUACGCCAUUGCGGCACUCAUCCUUCUGUCCAUGGGAUGCGUUAUAGCGGCGUUCCUAGUUAACAACUUACGUUUAGCGUUCGUAGAUAGUGGUCAGCAAUCACCUGACAAAAACCGACAAGUACUCGUAUACUACCCUACUCAUAUACGAAUUGGAGCAUGGCUGAUUGGGGUGAUCUUGGGAUACGUCAUGCAUCAUACCAAACAUCGAAUAGUACGACUUUCCAAACCCAUCAUCAUCUCCGGAUGGAUCAUCUCUCUGGCCAUCAUGUUGACCAUUCUUCUGGGAGACUAUCCCUUGCAGCAGCCAGACACAUACGCAGAUCAUCCAGUGAUAGUGGACGCCAUCUACGAAGCCACCAAUCGAAUAGUGUGGGCCUGCUGUCUAGCGUGGAUCGUGUUCGCCUGUGUCAACGGGUACGGAGGCCCGAUCAACACCUUUCUAAGCCAGCCGAUAUGGCAGCCACUGGGCAGAUUGUCAUACAGUAUCUACCUGUUGCACCUGCCGGUGCAGACGAUGCUGCUGGGGACACUCAGAAGUACGGGCUACUUUUCCGAUAUCGUGGCAGUGCAUAACUUCUGGGGUGACUUUGGCCUUACGAUCACGGUAUCGAUACUGUGGUGUCUGGCGUUUGAAUCUCCCAUCGUUGGAUUGGAGAAGCUUCUGCUGGGAAAAUUGCAUAAACCAAAUCCAAAUCGAGGUGCACUCGUUGAAGAGCAAAAGACUGAACAUCAUCAAAAUGGAUCAACGGAGAACAUUAUUAGUAGAGAGCAUGUCUGAGAGUUUCUUUACAAUAAAAGUGAAAUAGUGAAA